AUGGUUGGAAGACUCGCCGGAAAGAACGCCCUUGUCACUGGUGCCGCCGGUGGCAUCGGUCUCGAAACCACGAUCCUCAUGCUGCGCGAAGGCGCCUCCGUCCUUAUGACCGAUAUAAGUGCCCCGGGCCUCGAAAAAGCCCUGGCGAAAGUAAACCAGGUUGUCCCAGAACACGACGGAAAGGUAGAAUACCGCGUGGUCGACGUUUCCAAGGAAGCGGAAGUAGAGGCGGCCGUCGCGCAUCUGGACGCAUGGGGUGGUUUGGACGUGAUCUUUAACAACGCUGGCAUCAUGCAUGCGAAAGAUGGCGACUCGGAAGAAACACCAGAGAGCAUUUGGAACUUGACCAUGGACAUCAACGUCAAGGGCGUGUGGUAUGGAUCCAAGCAUGCCGUCAAGAGUUUGCGGAGACACGGGAAGAAGAAGGGCAGCGUAAUCAACACUGCCAGCAUGGUUGCUCUGGUAGGCGCCGCAACUCCGCAGUUGGCCUACACUGCCAGCAAGGGUGCAGUUUUGGCCAUGACUCGCGAGUUGGCAAUUGUGCAUGCGCGCGAAGGUUUCCGCUUCAACUCCCUGUGUCCUGCACCCCUCAACACCCCAAUGUUGCAGGAUUGGCUUGGAGACGACAAGGAAAAGCGAUUCCGCCGUGAGGUUCACUUCCCCUCCGGUCGCUUUGGUGAGGCCAUUGAGCAAGCCCAUGCUGUCAUCUUCCUGGCCAGUGACGAAAGCAGCUUCGUCAACGCUGCCGAUUUUGUGGUUGAUGGUGGCUUGACCAAAGCAUACGUGACUCCGGAGGGACCCGCAACUGAAGCCCCCAAGAAUUUAGGCCAAUAG